AUGAAGUCGAGGUUCUUCAAUCUGGCGUACGACGUGCUGAUGGGGAUGGUGGCCACGGCCCUCGAGGAGUCCGCUGGGGAGAGGCAGCGUUUCCGGGAGAUAGUGGAGGAGACGUCUGUGGUGAGCGGGGCGGCAAACGUGGCGGACUUCUUUCCGGCGCUGCGGAGGCUGGGGUGGCACGGGCCGGAGAGGAAGCUCGCGAGGCUCCAACAGAGCAGAGACGCACUAAUCGGAGAACUGAUUGAGCGUCAUCGCGUCCGCCGGCGUUGGAGUGGCAGCAACGGAGAGGCAGCGGCGGCGAUAGGGAACGGAGAUAAGGGGAGGGCAACGGUGAUCGACGUUAUGUUGUCUUUGGAGGAGAGCGAUCCGGGAACUUACACCGACGUCACCAUUAAGGGCCUCAUUGCGGAAUUACUGGCAGCAGGAACAGACACGUCGGCCGUCACCAUGGAAUGGGCCAUGUGCCUCCUGCUCAACGACCCUGAAGUCCUGCAUGCGGCGACGGCCGAGCUCGAUGCCAAGAUCGGCCAAGGGCGCAUGGCGGAAGAAGAAGACAUCCCCAAUCUCCCCUACCUCAACUGCAUCAUCAAUGAGACCCUCCGACUGUACCCCGCUGUGCCGCUCCUGAUGCCCCAUGAAUCUUCCCGGGAUUGCACCGUCGGUGGCUAUGAUGUGCCUCGCGGCACAAUGCUUUUGGCGAACGCGUGGGCCAUCCACAGGGACCCUAACACAUGGGACGAACCCGAGGAGUUCAAGCUGGAGAGGUUCCAGUGCGAGGGAUGUUGGGCUGAUGGCCCAUAUUCAGCCCAUGGAGGGAAGGAGGUGGCAGGGCUUAGGAUGCUUCCGUUCGAGUCCGGGGGGCGCAAGUGCCCCGGAGAAGGCCUGGCCAUGCGACUGAUCGGGCUGGCACUCGCGACCUUGAUCCACUGUUUCGAGUGGGAGAAGCUUCCGGGGGAGGAGGUGGACAUGACUGAAGGGUAG